GCCCUCGGUCCCGCUCCGUCUAGAAGCUGCCGCUCAUCAAUUGGCAGUACUCUGUGCGAUCCUUCUCUAAUGGGCGGAACCACCGGCGACGAUCAACCUCCGUCCUUCGCCUCUCCGGCGAACUUUCAGGGAACUGACUACUCUCUCUUCCGCACAACAAUAGCCCUCAGUCUCUGGCUCGGCGCCAUCCACUUAAAUGUCGUCCUCGUCUUCGCCUCUCUCCUUCUCCUCCCGGCACGCAUCGCCGCCUUAGUCUUCGCGCUGCAGCUGUUCUUCAUGGUGAUUCCCCUAAAUGACAAGAACAAGUUAGGGCGGAAGCUAGCAAGAUUUAUCUGCAAGUAUGCGGUUGGGUAUUUCCCGUUGACUCUGCAUGUAGAGGACAUGCAGGCUUUUGAUUCAAAUCAGGCUUACGUAUUUGGUUAUGAGCCACAUUCAGUCUUGCCCAUUGGUGUUUGUGCUCUUGCUGACCUUACUGGUUUCAUGCCACUAACAAAGAUUAAGGUCCUUGCAAGCAGUGCUGUCUUCCUUACACCAUUUCUUAGGCAGAUAUGGACAUGGCUGGGGCUAGUUCCAGCCUCAAGAAGGCAUUUUUACCAGUACUUGGAAGCUGGUUACAGCUGCAUCAUUGUGCCUGGUGGUGUACAGGAGAUAAUUCACAUGAACUACGAUUCAGAGGUUGCUUUCCUUAAAUCAAGGAAAGGAUUUGUAAGGAUAGCAAUGGAGAAUGGGCGACCCCUGGUCCCUGUUUUCUGCUUUGGUCAGUCUCAUGUCUACAAAUGGUGGAAACCAAGUGGGAAAAUCUUUAUCCAGAUUGCUCGGGCAAUCAAGUUCACUCCUAUUAUUUUCUGGGGAAGAUUUGGAUCUCCAAUACCUUUUAGACAACCUAUGCAUGUUGUAGUAGGUAAGCCCAUUGAGGUCAAGAAAAUUCCACAGCCCUCCAAGGAUGAGAUAAAUGAGGUUCAUGAGCAGUUCAUUUCAGCCAUGAAAGAUCUUUUUGAAAGACACAAAGAAAGAGUAGGAUAUCCUGACCUCCACCUGAGAAUUCUAUGAAAUCUAAGUAUUUGUGGCAAUGGUAUGGAAACCAAGCUUGAUCAUUGUAAUUCAUUUCAAAAAUUCUAGAGAAAAUAAAGAGACACAUGAUUGGCUGAUGAUGAUGUAAAAAAACAAUCAGUCUCUUGUCACUCCUAGAGCUUUAAGGUCAGUUUGUAUGCACUAAUUAUCCUCUGAAAUAAAACAAAAUCCUGU